CAUGAGCCAUCUCCAUUGCCCCUCUCUCUCCACAAAUCCCUAUCCUUGUAGAACUCCACACGCGCUGUUUUUUUAUCUCUAUCUGGACCUAAAUUUAUGUUGGAGGAAAACUCCAUCAAAACCCACAAACAUAAUAUAUAUGGAAAGUUGUAUGUUAUUAGGAAAUCAAUGGUGGAGGAUGUACAUAUACAUAUACACCAAGAUGUCUUCUUGCAUCCAACCACAAACGCCUCCGCAUAUACCCUUUCGUCUUCCUCGCUCUCUUCUACUAAAAGCUUUGAGAGAGAGAGAGAGAAGCCACUCCCAACUUGUUCUCUGCUAGUUUUUUGCAUGUGGGUUGUGUUAAAGAUUUGAUUUUUUUUCAUAUAUAAUUUGGGUUUCUGUUGCGUUCGGAAUUCUGGAUUCUUUCUUGGAGAAACGGAUUAAUUGAAGCAGAAUAUGAAGCGGGCUUCUGUUAAUUUUGAUCAAUCGCAUUCUGCCGCCGAUGAAGCUAAAGAAAAGUUAAAAUAUCAAACACUCUUGAGAGAAUUCCUUGACUUGCAAAAGGUAUUUGUUUCUAAAAAGAGGAAAUUGCAGGCUGCUAAGCAAAAGAGAGAAGUAGUAUUUGCUGAAGUUAGAUUCUUGAGAAGGAAGCAUAAGUAUUUGUUGAAAAGAGAAGCACCAAAUACAGAUAAAGAAACCAAUGCAUUGCAGGGUGGGGGCACUCCCAUUCCCAGCACCAUUGAUCAACCCCUGAUUUCAAAUUCGCUCCGGAGAGAUGGGAGGGCAGAAGAAGGAAAGGGUCAUGUAUAUCGAGAGGAUGUUAGAAGCAAGAAAAGGAAAAAGAAUCCUUCGACUCAGGAUAAGGCUGAGGGCGAACAAAAGAUCUGUUGGCCUGAUCAAGUCACUCCGAAAUUCUAGUUGAGUCACUCUGCUGCACUAUGUUCAACAAAGUUUUAGGCAAAAAAUAUGAGUGCUUCGAGCUCCUUGAUUUUAACAAGGGAGAUUCGAGCAAAUGGGCAUAUAGUAAUAAAGCCCAGAAAGUAGUAGUGUGAGGGUUUAUUUAUCUUUUUUUGGGUGAUUGAUUUAUCUGUUUUUUUUUAGUUUUAUAUCGACUCAUUAGCUAGUUAACAUGAUUAUAAAUUUAUAGAACACUUAUUAUUUCCUUGCA